CGACAACCCUGAAAUUCCUUUCCUCCCCUCCAACGUAACCGCAUGACGAAAAGGAACAUUGGACGCUCGCCGGGACCCGCAGCCAGAGGGAGAGAGAGAACAACCUGGUCCAUACACAAACUUUACCUUGUCCUCUGCUUUGCGCAAUCAAUUUUCCAUAACAUCGAUCGUCUAGAUUAGCUUUUUCUGUGUUUUUUUUUUCUGUCGAGACAACUAACGUCCUGGCGACGCGACUCGCAACAAACGAGACAGUGUAUCCCCUUGUAAAUUUUCUGAUCAGUCUUUUUCUGUAACCUAUUUUUCUCUCCUUCGCUACCAAACCAACUCUGGAGCUUAACCAUCCCGUCUUAGAAUCAACCAUCAAUUCCGCCCGCCAUCGAUAACACCUUAGCUCCGCCGACCGGGUCUCUCGAUUGGCGCCAACAAAAGGGACGGAAGGGCGUGGCGCGCCCACGGACGGAGAGAGGAACGGAUUGGAGGACAAUCCGGACUGACGAGAUUACUGGGUGUCGAUUGCGGCACCGGUAACCUCGGACAGAGAGGGAAAAGGGCAAUCGACUUUUUUUUUUCUGGAGAAGGAUCAUCACAGCAAGCUUGAAAGAUGGCCCGUCCACGUAUACCAUCCCGGUUCGCCAUUGCGUUACUAGCCAUCCGGGGCGUGGCGUCGAUCCUCACGACGUUGACCAUCAUAUUCCUGUUGUACAUGACGAUCAUGCUCGACAAGACUUUUACAUGGUCAUACACUGCAGCAGUAUUUGCCCUAAUCCUCGACACGGCAGAGGCAGCCACGAUCGCCGACCGGCAACGCACCGUACCCCGGAUGCACUGGGGCGCCGUGGCCAUCCUCGAGGUCCUCGUCCUCGGCCUGUGCAUCGGCGGCUGCCUGACCCUCGCGCUGGGCGACCUGGCCGACGGCCUACAGGAGGACGGGACGUACUUUGCCGACCCGUACCGCAUGUACGCGCUCGCGUGCCAGGCCGCCGUUGCAGGCUUACACUUUUGCCUGAGCGUCAUGGGCUGCGUCGAGAGGGUGCGCAUCUGGCGAUAGGAUGAGCUGGGGCGGAUCCGCGGCGAGUCGCGGCGCAGGAUUGAAGAGCUGGAAGGAGAAAUCGUCGACUCAAGGGCCCAGCUGGCCCAAGCCAAGAAUUCUUUGGUAACAGUGGCGGUCCGGUAGUACAAGAUCAUCGAGAAGGAGUGGGCGCGGCAGCACGAGGCCAUGCAGAUUUACAUCGAUUCGGUGGUCGCCAAGUCUCUGGAUUCUCAUGUGCGAUUCGCGUCCCUGCAUCGGAGGAGGAGGAUAUACCGGGCGAUGGAGGCCGAGGCGAGCGAGGAUGUCUGAAGAUUUUCCUAGUCCUCGGGGAAUCACCUGCCGCCCUCGAAACAUGCUGGGGUAGUGGGUUCACUGCGAGGUGGAAGCUCGUAAUCAUCGACGGGAUCACUACACACAAGCGUUUUGCACUGGCAUGGCGAUACUGGUUGCGACAGCAAGGGAUUCGUUCCCAGCCGAUACACGAAGGCUACAUGUCGACCAGUUUCAGCGACUAUAUCAUAUACAUUGGCCCAUGGGGUCUGGCUUUGUUGCAUAAUUCUCAUCGUUCGGAGCAUUGUUAGGUAUGGGGCUAUUCUACUGUCUACUGAAGGGACUCUUCUCCUCCCUGGAUAGGGAGACCACAAACACAUAGAUAUGUCUACGAUAAUAAAAAAAGCGAUUUUGAACUCU